AUGAUUUUAGGCAGAACACAUGCAAACACAAACAUUUAUUGCAAUAAGGACCAUGAUGACCAACUUUUCAGGAUCUGCUACUGGAAAAAUGUUGGACUGAUCACUCUUAACAGACCCAAAGCKCUUAAUGCUUUAAAUUUAUCAAUGAUAAGAAAGAUUUAUCCGGUCCUAAAGGCAUGGGAUCAAGACCCAGAGGUUGGUCUUGUUAUUAUCAAAGGGACAGGAGAAAAAGCUUUCUGUGCUGGUGGAGAUGUGCGAGCCAUAGCAGAAGCUGGUCUCAGAGGAGAAGACUUAACCAAGGAUUUCUUUAGAGAGGAAUACACUUUAAACUAUACCAUAGGAACCUUGCAAACCCCAUAUGUAGCUCUUAUAAAUGGCAUCACUAUGGGAGGGGGAGUUGGUCUUUCAGUUCAUGGUCACUUUAGAGUUGCUACAGAAAAAACAUUAUUUGCCAUGCCUGAAACAGCAAUUGGAUUAUUUCCUGAUGUUGGUGGUGGACAUGCUCUKCCAAGACUGGAAGGCUGUCUUGGAACCUUCCUGGCAUUAACAGGACAUAGACUGAAAGGCAUWGAUGUCAAACAUGCUGGUGUAGCAACACAUUUUGUUACACUUGAUAAGCUUUCUGAAUUAGAGGAAUCUUUACAUGGUUUAAGUGAUUUUAAACUGAGAACUGUCAAAGGCUUGCUUGAUGACUUUGAUUCUAAGUGUUCAAAGAAUCAAAACCCAAAGUUCAUCUUGGAGGAUCACACAAUCAACAAAAUGUCUCCAUCAUCUUGUAAGGUAACAUUGCGGCAACUUCAAAAUGGAGGCACCAUGAACUUAGCUGAGUGCUUACAGAUGGAGUAUAGGUUAUCACAGAGAUUUAUGGAAAAUGAAGACUUUUAUGAAGGAAUACGAGCAGUACUUAUUGACAAAGACAACAGUCCAACAUGGAGUCCUAACAGUCUUGACAAAGUAUCAGAUGAAAAGGUUGACUCAUAUUUUUUACCACUUGGACCAAGGGAAUUGGAAUUAUAAUGAAAAUUAUAUAUUAAACAAUUACAUAGGAGUGUACAUGUGUAUGGACUCACAGAAAAUACAAUAUACUUUUUUAAAUCUGGACCAAAAAUAACAAMAUUUGUACAGUGCAUGUACAAAAAUGGUUUAAUUUCACAAUGUAACCUUGAGCUUAUUACCAGACCUUAUGAAAGUAAAGCUACAUUGAGACAGCUCUGUAAAAUUAAAUGCAAAAAUAACGAUGAUAAUAAAGCAACAUAUUAUGCAUGUAA